AGUUGAUGUUGACCUAGAGGUUGGGAGAGAGCAUCUCACUUCUCAUCAUGUACUUGACAAUUUCUUCUAUUUUAGUUCUGAUCACAAAAUGUUUGAGUGCUCCACACAUAGUGAUAAUUUUAGCUGAUGACUUGGGAUGGAACGAUGUCAGUUUCCAUGGGUCAGACCAGUUCCAGACACCCAACAUUGAUGCCCUAGCAUACUCUGGUGUCAUUCUACAGGACUACUACUCUCAGCCUAUCUGUACACCAGCCAGGGCUGCCCUGCUUACUGGCAGACACCCCAUCAGUAAUGGUAUGCAGCAUGAUGUUAUCUACGCUCCUCAGCCGUGGGGGUUACCACUAGAGGAUCGACUGUUGCCUCAGUACCUCAGGUCGGAGGGCUAUGUUAGUCGAGCAGUGGGCAAAUGGCACCUCGGCUUCUACAAGGCAGACUAUACUCCAACCAGAAGAGGAUUUGACUCACAUUACGGCACUUGGUUAGGACACCAGAACCACUUCACUUACAUGACGGAUGAUAACCAUCCCGGCUAUGACCUGCACAGGGGGCUGAAUGUUUCAUGGGAUGGACGGAACACAUUCUCAGCUGACUUGUUCACCAGAGAGGCUGAGUCUGUUAUCCAAGACCAUGAUGUCUCAAAGCCUCUGUUCUUGUACCUCUCUCACACGGCGCCUCACGCUCCACUGCAGGCGCCUCGGGACGCUGUAGACUCAGUCAAGCACAUUGCGGAGCGCAAGAGACGAAUAUAUGCUGCUAUGGUGACCAAGGUGGACGAAUCUGUUGGGAAAGUGAUGGAAGCAAUGAAAAGUAAAAGUAUGUUGAACAACACCAUCAUAUUAUUUCUCUCUGACAACGGAGGUGCUACUAACAACUAUAAUGGCAAUGCGGCUUCUAACUGGCCUCUUAAGGGAGGCAAGGACACGCUGUGGGAGGGUGGAGUGCGGAGUGUUGGAGUUAUCUGGAGUCCUCUACUGAAGUCAACUCCCAGAGUUCACAGAGGCCUGGUCAAUGUACAGGACUGGCUGCCUACAUUACUGGAGGCUGCAGGAGUUGGCAACCAAACAUUGGCCCAUAGUCAGUUGGACGGAGUGAGCCAGUGGUCUGCUCUAAACAAUCAAUCAGACCCCCCAUACACAACAAUGCUGCAUAACAUUGAUCCAAUCAGGAACAUCGCAGCUGUCAGAGAUGGGGAAUGGAAACUUGUUGUAGGAAGAGUCCAUGGAGGCAAGUAUGAUGGAUGGUUCGGGAGAGUAACAUCAAAUCUUCAAUACAACAUGAGCCAAGUAAGAAGCAGUCUAGUAGGCCAGGCAGUACAGACUACACCCUUUUCUGUGCCUGAUGACUCUGUCGUUCUUAGGCUAAGGAAUGAAGCAACUGUGCACUGUACUAAAACUAGAGGUAAGAAAUCCAAAAAAGACAAGUGUCGGUCGAUGCGAGCUCCAUGUUUGUUCAACAUUUUGGCCGACCCUUGCGAGCAGAAGAACAUGGCCCUGAGGAACCCUGAUGUUGUGACUCGAUUGACCCACCUGCUGAAGGGGUUUCAUCACGUCAAGCCCUGUAACAAGCCCCGUGACCCCCGCAGCUACCCUAAUCUUUGGAAUGGAACUUGGACUACUUGGGGGGAUUUUUUAUCUUCAAAUUCUUAGAACGGAGUAUGUUCAGGGCUCUACCCAGCUUUAGCAGGACCGGGUAAAAAAUAUUGGGCUGGGCCCCCCUUCCCUUGAAGUAUUUGUUUGGCGGAGCCCGUCCUGGGGCCCCCGUAAAAUUGUCCGGAAAAACCGAUCUGCGUACGGCCCUGAAUGUUAGAGUUAGAGAUCAACUUUAGUUAGAAAGAGAAGCAAGGCAAAUUAAAAUACAGGAUUGAAAGAUCGGAAAGACAUUUAUCUAGGUAAAUAAAGGUAAAGAGGUAAAUGUACCAGUAGAAAGUGGAAUUCUAGAUGUAUAAAUGACUAUACCUUACCUUCAAUAUGUGUGCAAGAAAAUGCAAAUGUGUAGUAUUUUGUAUCGUUAAGUUUUGUUAUCAAGUCGUUUUAAAACAUAACUUUUUUUAAUUAGUUCUGCUUAAGUAAGUUAGUGUUAAUUUAAUAACUUUUAAUCUCACACCAAUUAAAGCCUAAUGUCCUGAUGGAAUUUACUUGCGAAAUCUACACCACACCACAACACAAGAAGCUGUGGGAACCCAAAAAUCUCCAGGUUUUGUUUGAGUUAAAUUAAACAAAGUUCUAGUUAUUUUUAUGUCAUAUAAAAUGUUAAAUAAACUCUCACUCAAAGUGCAUAAUUUGUCAUCUACCCGCUGGAACAUACAAGCAAGCUCCUUUGCUUUUGAAGAAGGGGUUUUUCUCUAGAAUGAAUUCUUUGAUGACCCAACCUUGAACUUAUAAUCCUUAUAUAUUGUCUCUGCUGGCCACAUUAGAAUUUUAAUUUAUUUGUAACUAUUGUGGCGCCUUUACCUGUGUGAGUGAGCGAAAAAGUAUAAAAAGUAUUAUUAGAGGAUCUGCUCGGAUGAUCUCUGGUGAAGUAUUGCUGUCAAGUAAAAACUUAUAAAGCCUUGAAUGUCUUAAAUCGUAACUGAUGAGGUUCUUAAAAAAAAGAAAAUUGAAGACAAUUGACCUGUAUAAAAUUUAUUUGUAUAUUGUAAACAUGUUAUACAUAGAUAAUGUCUUUUCAGUGAAAUAAACAUUUAAAUUCUUUUUUAACUGUAACAAUAUAAUACAUUUUCAGUUUAAAUUUUUUUAACAUUCAGAAUAAAAUUCUCAGAAUUACUAUCUCUGGUUUACACUGCAUGGUAUAAAAAUGAAAAGAAGA